UCGGAAGGAGAGGAGGGCUUCCCACACGAGGCCCGCUCGAGCGCUCGCUCGCUCGAAGUCCAAAUCUCUCCUUCAAGAAGAUCAGUCGCCGAGCUCUUCUCGUGGGCGAGUGCUGCUGCUGCUGCUGAUUCUGCUGCUGAGGAGGCGUCGGGUGAAAUCAUCGUGGGAAUAACGAGUCCCUGCGAGGAUUCCUAGCCGCGGCUCGCCAUGGACCGCGCGAGAGGAGCGUCCGCGACGCUGCUGCGAAGGUUGGUCCGCUCGUCGUCGCGCAAUGGCGCAGCGCUGCCCAGCGCUGGUGCCGCUGGCCCGGCGCCCUCGGUCUCCCGAGUGGCGAGAUCGCUCUCGUCUUUCGCUCCCGCGCGAGGAUGCGGCGUGCGGGAAUUGACUCGCCCGAUGCCGAUGCCGUUCGGGCUCAGGUCCAUCUCGCUCUCGGCUCUGCAGCCGAGCGACACUUUCCAGAGGCGCCACAACAGUCCUACUCUGGACGAGCAGGCGAAGAUGGCCGAGUUUUGCGGCUUCGAGACUGUGGACAAGAUGAUCGACGCCACUGUGCCGAAGGCGAUUCUGCGGGAGAAGAUGAAUUUGGGCUUUUUCGACCAGGGCCUGACCGAGGCUCAAUUGCUCGGCCACAUGAAGGAUCUGGCCGCGAAGAACAAAGUGUUCAAGUCUCACAUUGGAAUGGGUUACUACGACACGUACGUUCCUCCUGUUAUUUUGCGAAACAUCAUGGAGAACCCGGCCUGGUACACUCAGUACACUCCUUAUCAGGCCGAGAUCGCGCAGGGGCGUCUCGAAUCCUUGCUGAACUUCCAGACCAUGAUCACCGACCUCACUGGAAUGCCCAUGUCGAAUGCUUCUCUCUUGGACGAGGGAACAGCAGCUGCUGAGGCCAUGGGAAUGUGCACCAGCAUUGCUCGUGGAAAGAAGAAGACUUUCCUCAUCGCUGACAACUGCCACCCACAAACCAUCGACAUCUGCAUCACUCGUGCACCAGGUCUCGGCAUGAAUGCUGUCGUCGCCAAUCUUAAGCAGUUCGACUACAGCAGCAAGGAUGUGUGUGGGGUCUUGGUGCAGUACCCCGCCACAGACGGUGAGGUUAUUGACUACUCGGACUUCGUCAAGAACGCCCACGCCCACGGAGUGAAGGUGGUGAUGGCCACUGACUUGCUGGCUCUCACCUCUCUGAAGCCCCCUGGAGAGUUUGGAGCUGAUAUGACAGUUGGAUCUGCUCAGAGAUUCGGAGUGCCAAUGGGUUAUGGAGGUCCUCAUGCUGCAUUCCUCGCAACUUCGCAAGAAUACAAACGUCUGAUGCCCGGUAGAAUUAUUGGUGUCACCAUCGACUCAGGCGGCAAGCCUGCUUUGCGUAUGGCAAUGCAGACUCGCGAACAACACAUCCGUCGUGACAAGGCCACCAGCAACAUCUGCACAGCUCAGGCUUUGCUAGCGAACAUGGCAGCUAUGUACGCUGUAUACCACGGGCCGGAAGGUUUAAAGAUGAUUGCCGACCGUGUACACGGAUUGGCAUCUGUAUUCGCCACUGGUGUGUCCAAACUAAGCGGUACCAAAGCUACCGCUGGAGCUUUCUUCGACACCGUGAAGGUUUCUGUUCCUGAGGGCCAAGCAUCGAAGAUCGCUAGCUUCGCCCGUGAGCAUGGAGUGAACCUCCGUGUGCUCGAUUCUAGCUCGUUGACCGUUGCCUUCGACGAGACAACUAGUAUCGCUGAUGUGGAUAAGCUAUUUGCCAUCUUUGCUGGAGGAAAAUCUGUCGACUUUACCGCCGAAUCUUUGGCUCCCGAAGCCGCUUCAAGAGUUCCGAAGGGAUUGGAACGCACUAGUCCCUACCUCACUCAUCCCAUUUUCAAUGCAUACCACUCAGAGCACGAGCUCUUGCGUUAUCUCUACAGGCUGCAGGCCAAGGAUCUGUCUUUGGUCCACAGCAUGAUCCCUCUGGGAUCUUGUACCAUGAAACUGAACGCUACUACAGAGAUGAUGCCCGUGACCUGGCCCGAAUUCGCCAACCUUCAUCCUUUUGCCCCAACUGAGCAGACGGAAGGAUUCCAGGAAAUGUUCAGGAACCUGGGAGAUAUGCUCUGCGAGAUUACCGGAUUCGAUUCAAUGUCUCUCCAACCCAAUGCGGGAGCCGCAGGAGAGUAUGCGGGACUGAUGGUCAUCCGUGCCUACCAUGAUAGCCGCGGAGAUCGCCACCGAAAUGUAUGCAUCAUCCCCACAUCAGCACACGGUACCAACCCUGCUAGUGCCGCCAUGUGCGGAAUGAAGAUUGUCGCAGUCGGAACUGAUGCUAAGGGUAACGUAGAUAUUGAGGCCCUCCGAAAGGCCGCUGAGGCCAACAAGGAGAACUUAGCCGCUCUCAUGAUUACGUACCCGUCCACCCAUGGUGUCUACGAGGAAGGUGUCGAUGAAAUCUGUAGGAUCAUCCAUCAGAACGGCGGGCAAGUGUACAUGGAUGGAGCCAACAUGAACGCUCAGGUCGGUCUCACAAGUCCUGGAUUUAUUGGAGCUGAUGUAUGCCACUUGAAUCUACACAAAACUUUCUGCAUUCCUCAUGGAGGAGGUGGACCGGGCAUGGGGCCCAUCGGAGUUAAAAAGCAUCUUGCUCCAUUCCUACCCUCCCACCCAGUGAUCCCAACAGGUGGUUACCCACUCCCUGAAAAAGUUCAACCUUUGGGAGCUAUUGCAGCUGCACCUUGGGGAUCGGCUCUGAUCCUGCCAAUUUCGUACGCCUACAUCGCCAUGAUGGGAUCUGAAGGACUCACUGACGCUUCCAAGAUCGCCAUCCUCAAUGCUAACUACAUGGCUAAACGACUUGAGAAUGAUUACAAAAUUCUUUUCCGCGGUGAUAACGGGACCUGUGCACACGAGUUUAUCAUCGAUCUUAGAUCGUUCAAGGAUACAGCACACAUCGAAGCUGAAGAUGUGGCGAAGCGACUCAUGGAUUACGGAUAUCAUGCACCUACCAUGUCGUGGCCUGUCUCCGGAACUUUGAUGAUCGAGCCGACAGAGAGUGAGAGCAUGGCUGAACUUGACAGGUUCUGUAACGCCCUCAUCUCUAUCAGGGAAGAAAUUCGUGCAAUUGAAGAAGGAAGGGCGGACGACAAAGUGAACGUCUUGAAGUGUGCACCACACACUGCAGCGGUCGUGUUGGCAGAUGAGUGGACUAGGCCAUACAGUCGCGAGGUUGCUGCGUUCCCAGCGUCAUGGGUGAAGGCAUCCAAGUUCUGGCCCACAACAGGACGUGUGGACAAUGUCUAUGGUGACCGACACCUGAUCUGUACACUACAACAAGAGAACGGCGUGGACGAGGUCGCAGUUGCAGCUUAAAAGGAUACUGCCAAUUGCACGCACGAGUACUUCUACAUUAUGGCUGGAACUUCGAAAAGCUUAUCAGAAGUGUAAACUCGAAUUUCAAGUUUCUUCGUUUAGGCAAAAUUCGUUAGGCCGUAUGGCAAUUGUAUAAUUGUGGCUAGGCGAGAUUAAGUUUGAGUGGAGUAGACAUCUGCGCUGGAGUGUUUGUUUCAACCUGGCUAGGUGCAUCGAUGGUUCAUUUAUCCACUUUCAGACAGUCCUGAUUACACCAUAACGAUUCGCUGGUCUUUGCGAUUAUUUGGACCAUAAACUAGCGAGUCUCUAACCACCUCUUCUUUCUCCGGUGUUAUCGGUGGUAAUGGUUUCUGUUCGAUGAGAGAUUCAUGGGCCUUAUUACCUUGCCAAUCUAGUCAGAAGUGGAAUUAGACGCUCACAAUAUUCCUUGGAGUAAUCUCGUUAUCGUCCUUUCAAGUAGUGUAUUUGUCCCUUCCAGAUCCGCUUACUGCCAUGGUGGGUAAGCUAUUGUACAGGACCCAAAUGAAGGGUUGAACUCGAAGCUCGAAUGUAAACCAAGAUAAUGAUGAAAUACAAGCUCCGUUGAUUCAUUCUCAUA